AUGUAUGCAAAAUUCUAUGUCAUUUACAACACUAUAACGCAAACCCUACGGCGAUUGUGGCAUGUAUAUUCUCUUCGGUCACUUCUUCAAUAUGUUUUCGGUUCGGUAUUCAUUCGAGGCCCAACAGGCCCGACAGGCCUCUCCAAAGCUAGCAUCGCCCCAGCAAGCUAUGUCUAUACGCCCCUUGAGAGUCCGCAGCAUAUUCGACUCUUCGAGCUCUUACCGUCUCAAAGCUCCGACGCCAUCAUUCGGUGCACGAUGUGUCAUGUCGAAUUGAAAUCGCUGAAACGUCCUUACACAGCCGUAUCGUAUGCCUGGGGCCCUCGGGAUGUCCCUAAAGCAACCAUCAUUUGCAACGACUUGACGGCCCAUAUUCCCCGUACACUAUACUCGGCACUUCGGAGGCUACGGGCCGCAUCGGAUCUCCGCCAGGUCCUAUGGGCAGACGCUCUCUGCAUUGACCAGGCGGAUACAGACGACGCAAAAGAGGAGAAAAGCCGACAAGUCCAGAUGAUGGACCAGAUCUUCGCCCAGGCACAGGAAGUGGUUGUGGACCUCGGCGAGGUCCAGCAAGACGAUCUCGACACCUUGAAGGUUCUGAGCCGGUACGAGGCCCCCUGUGACGCCACGUGGCGAGCCAUUGCACAGCGUCCAAACCUGCCAGAAGUGUUUGAGUGCCUGAACAAGCUGGACCUCGCGCCGGCGGACAGCCCCUUCUGGGAGAAAUUCACCCGCUUCGCCUGUCGGCCCUGGUACACGCGGAUCUGGAUCAUCCAGGAAUUCGUGCUCGCGCGCAAGAUCCGGUUCCUGAUCGGAGGGGAGUUUCGGGAUGAGAGUUUCCUGAAAAGGGGCAUCGUUCGCGCCUACGAGCAUCUGAGCUGUCUAUAUACCUUCAACCAAACAUACACGGCCCGUGAAGCCAGUGUGCCUCAGAUUGAAGAAAAUCUGGCAACAGUAGCGGACUCGGCCAGCGCCAUCGUGCACAUGCUGGGCCUGCGCGAGCACGACGACAACACCGGCACCUUCUGCGAGCAGCUCCACGCCGCCACGGGCCUGUACAAGGCCACGGACACGCGAGACAAAGUCUACGCCCUGUUCGGGCUGUCCUCGGACGCGGACAUCAAGACACAUCUGCCCGUAAACUACAACGAGGACCUCCCGGACCUCGCGUUCCGCGUGAGCAAGUAUCUGGCCCGCGGGUUCGGGAUCUAUCCUCUGUACCACUGCGUCGGGGACAAGCCAGCCUACGUCUCCUGGGCGCUGGACCUGGAGAACACCCAGCGCGACGACCUGACCGCCAUGAUCCACGCGUCGGGGUACACGCGGCCGCACGAGGUCUUCCGGGCCUGCGGCGGUGCCACGGAUUUCCGCAACGGCAUGUCCCUAGUUCGCCCCACCGGGCUGCGCCUCCUGGGCUGGAUCGUCGACGAGAUCGACUGCCACAUGACCACGAAUCUGCUCGCUCGGGGCGAGAUCAGGGGCCGCGCACACCUAGCCGAGCAGGACGUCUGGUUCGACGACGCGUACAGCUGGAUGCUCUCCGUCGUGCAUUUACAACACCUGCCCGAGGACGCCUUCGUCGACCAAUGCUGGCGCACGACCAUCGCGGACAUGAUCAAGGGUUCGGGCCAGGAGGCCAAGGGGUUCGUCCGGCUGCGCGACUGGCAACAUUCGACUCGGUGCUUGGACGUCUGGCGCGCCGUUCAUCAGGUCAUGUAUCGGAGAAGGCAUCCGGGGCCCAGAGGAAGAGCGUCUAAGGACGCCGAACCCAGAUUCUCCGACCGCGACAUCAGCGACCUGCGCGUCUUCGCCGAGAGCGUCAAGUACGCCCUGGGCCGCAAGUUGGGGUUGACACGCACGAGGAGGACGAGUGCCCUGCUCCCCCACGACGCUCGGGCUGGCGACCUCGUCGUCGUCAUUCAGGGAUGUCAGAUCCCGUUCUUGCUCCGCCGCAACACCGAUGCGUGGGGCGAGUAUUUCCGCAUCGUCGGCUGCGUGUACGCCUGGGGGAUUAUGGACGGGGAGGCCGUCGAUGGGUGCGCGGACGAGGCGCGCGUUAUUGAGGUUUGUUGA